CUGCUUCCCACUGUACAAACGUCGCGCUCGCUCUCCUGUGAGCACUGCAACACGAUCAUGUCUUCGCCCACCAAGCGGCGCACGCAGCGCUCUUCUGCCUCUGCUACACCGAGACGAGCAACACGAAAUUCUGCAAUCCCUUCCAGCCCUGCGCCAAUGGGCGCUGAGGAUCAACUCCAGUCCGAGGCGUCGCAGGCUUCGUCGCGCGGACUGCUGGCGACUCCAAGUGGAUCGAGACUGCAGGCUGGCUCGACACAAUCGCAGUCCCCGCUGUUUUUCCGCUCGUCGCCAGGAAACGGUUCCGCUGGAGAUGCAAAUGGCGCGGCUGAGAGCGAGGGCGGCGCAACACCAAGGGCUAGUGCCAUGAACAUUGGAGACUCGUCUCCCAUCCACUAUGCGUCUAGCUCCAGCCCUGGCCGUGCCCGCAAUGCACAAAACACCGACCUCCGAAGCAGCAGCAGUGCCCUUUUCGUCCGUGGCUCCGAAUCAGCAGCUCGUCACCGAAGAAGCGACAUUCAUUCCGAUGUCUUUGGUGCGAGCUCAGCAGGUGGCCAGCGCCGCAGGAUGUUCGUUGACGAGCACGGCAUGCCUGUUGGCGACGCUUCAGAUGCAGCCACCUUCUCGAACAUGAAUCCGGAUACUUCAGAUGCAGAUGCGCUGGGAGGCAAUACUUCGCGGAUUAUUUGGGGAACCAACGUCUCCCUUGUGGAUGCCAGGCAUGCUAUGAAGGAUUUCCUGAUGAACUUCCAGAGGAAGUACCGCUUGAUCCAGGAAGGUGAGCUGGAAGAGGGCAUGAGCUUACCUGCAGAACACCCAGCUAUGGCUCGAGAGUACGUCGACAUGAUGAAGAUGAUGCUUGAGCUUGGUAUCACACCUCUUAACCUGGACGCUCGCAACCUGAAGUCAUAUCCACCAACGAGGAAGCUAUGGCACCAAUUGCAAGCGUACCCCAACGAGAUCAUACCCAUCAUGGAUGUGGCGAUCAAGGACGUUAUGCUUGAGCUUGCAGAGAAGCGCAUGGCAGAGAUGAGGGUUCAGCUCUCGCAACAACAGCGCAGUGCGCAACCCAGGGCUCGUGACUCUAGCUCUCUGCCGCCUAUGCUGAGCUCGGAUGCGCCUACCCCUGGAGCACCCUCCCCUACUCCAUUCGCAGACAUUCCAAACCUGGUCGGUGAAGUCGACCAAAAGACCUACAAUGUCAGGCCAUUCGGUUUGGACAACACCAUCAACUUGCGUGAGCUGAACCCUGGUGACAUGGACAAGCUCGUCAGUGUGAAGGGACUGGUCAUCAGGACUACUCCUAUCAUCCCAGACAUGAAAGAUGCUUUCUUCCGCUGUGCAGUUUGCAAUCACUCUGUCAGGGUCGACAUUGACCGUGGCAAGAUCACCGAGCCCACUAAGUGCCCGCGUGCUGUAUGCGAGUCGCCAAACUCAAUGCAGAUCGUUCACAACCGAUCCGGCUUCGCCAACAAGCAGGUCAUCAAGCUGCAAGAAACGCCGGAUAACGUGCCUGACGGUCAGACACCUCACUCGGUCUCACUCUGCGCGUACGACGAGCUUGUCGAUGUGUGCAAAGCCGGUGACCGAGUCGAGAUCACAGGUAUUUUCAAGUGCAAUCAAGUCCGCAUCAACCCACGCCAGCGAUCAGUCAAGAACAUCUUCAAGACAUACGUCGAUGCAUUGCACAUCCAGAAGGUCGACAAAAAGCGCAUGGGUAUCGACGUAUCGACCAUCGAGGAGGAGCUUGCUGAGCAUGCCGCCGGUGACAUCGAAGAGACUCGCAAGGUUUCAGAGGAAGAGGAAGAGAGAAUCAAGGCGACCGCUGCGCGCCCUGAUGUCUACGAACUUCUUUCACACUCACUGGCACCCAGUAUCUACGAGAUGGAAGAUGUCAAGAAGGGUAUCUUACUCCAGCUCUUUGGUGGUACCAACAAGCAGUUCGAGAAGGGUGGAAGUCCGAAAUACCGAGGAGACAUCAACGUCCUGCUCUGCGGUGAUCCAUCGACAUCCAAAUCCCAGAUUCUACAGUAUGUGCACAGGAUUGCACCGCGCGGUGUGUACACUUCUGGAAAGGGUUCUUCCGCUGUGGGUCUGACAGCGUACGUCACUCGUGAUCCCGAGACUCGCCAGCUGGUCCUCGAAUCCGGAGCUUUGGUCCUGUCAGAUGGUGGUGUAUGCUGCAUCGACGAGUUCGACAAGAUGUCUGAAUCUACUCGUUCCGUCCUCCACGAGGUAAUGGAACAACAGACCGUCUCCAUCGCCAAAGCAGGCAUCAUCACUACCCUCAACGCCCGUAGCUCCAUUCUCGCCUCCGCCAACCCUAUCGGAUCGAAAUACAAUGUCAACCUCCCUGUACCGCAGAAUAUCGACCUUCCUCCCACACUCCUGUCACGUUUCGACCUCGUCUACCUGGUUCUUGACCGCAUCGACGAGCAAGCCGAUCGCCGUCUUGCCCGCCAUCUUGUGGGCAUGUACCUCGAAGACACCCCUGAAAGCGCAUCAAAGACCGAAGUCCUCCCUGUCGAGUUUCUCACAGCAUACAUCUCCUACGCGCGCACCAACAUCCACCCCAAGAUCACCGAGCCCGCACAAAAGGCUCUCGUAGACGCAUACGUCGCUAUGCGCGCUCUCGGCGCCGACAUCAGGUCACAGGAGCGCCGCAUCACUGCCACAACGCGACAACUGGAGUCUAUGAUCCGUCUCGCCGAAGCGCACGCCAAGAUGCGCUUGUCUGAGGAAGUCACAGCAGACGAUGUCAACGAAGCCGUCCGCCUCAUUAAAUCCGCGCUCAAACAAGCCGCCACCGACGCACGCACAGGUCUCAUCGACAUGUCGCUGCUCACCGAGGGUACAUCGACUGGCGACCGCAGGCGCAAGGAGGAUCUCAAGCGCGCUGUUUUGGCGGGGUUGGAUGAGCUUGCUGGCGCUGGGCAGAGUGUCAGGAUGAGCGAUUUGGUUAAGCAUGUUAGAGAGGGUGCGAGUGAGCAGGUCGAGAGUCAGGAGUUCUUGGAGGUGCUGAGGAGUGCGGAGGCGGAGGGGAGUGUACAGGUUAGUGGGGAGGGGCCGAGGAGGACGGUUAAGAGGAUUGUUGGAACUUUCUAAGAUCGUGAAUAUGUCAUGAGCAAGAUGUUGGGGAAUGCAUCUUUUCAUGUUUCAGAGUAAUUAAUGACUCAAGAACCCUUUGGGGAUACAUCAGAUCCUC